CCUGUAAUGGCGGCUGCGAUGUUGAUGUCGGAGUGUCAGCUCGGGAUCGCAGGCGGUGGUGUCGGAUUGAACGGAUUCGGCGGCGGAGGGGGAGGAGGCAGUGGUCACAACGGUUCCGGAUCGGCUCAGGUCCCUUGGAAUAGGAAUUUGGAGAGAGCGCUGGAGGAAGCCGCUGCGACGGGAGUGUUGAACUUAAGCGGGAGGAAACUGAAGGAGUUCCCGAGGAGCGCGGCGAAUCAGGACCUGACGGACACCACGCAGGCUGAUCUAUCCAAGAACAGAUUGGUAGAGAUUCCGGCUGAAGUUUGUUACUUUGUGUCAUUGGAGAGCCUUAACCUCUAUCAGAACUGUAUACGAAGUAUUCCAGAAGCCAUUUUAAACCUACAAUCUUUAACCUUCUUAAACAUCAGUCGUAACCAGCUCACAACAUUACCUGGACCCGUCUGUAAUCUCCCUUUAAAAGUUCUAAUCGCAAGUAACAACAAGCUAAUAUCAGUACCAGAGGAAAUAGGAUUACUACGGCAAUUAACGGAACUCGAUGUCAGCUGUAAUGAGAUACAGGCAUUACCACCACAGAUUGGAAACCUGGAGAUUUUAAGGGACCUGAACUUAAGGAGAAAUCACUUAGUAACGCUACCAGAAGAGCUUGCAGAUUUACCACUAGUGCGAUUAGACAUCUCCUGUAAUAAAGUGACAACAAUUCCAGUUUGUUACCGAAAUCUGCGGCAUCUCCAAACAAUCAUAUUGGAUAACAAUCCCUUACAGUCUCCGCCGGCACAAAUUUGUAUAAAGGGGAAAAUCCAUAUAUUCAAAUACCUGAAUAUUGAAGCAUGUAAAAGUGUCCCAGACCUGCCAGAGUAUGAUAGAACGAGGCCGAUUGGGUUCAAUUCAUGUCACGAAGACUAUUUCGCGGGCCGGCCAUAUGGAGCACUGGAUUCUGGCUUCAACAGUGUUGACAGUGGGGAUAAGAGGUGGUCAGGAAAUGAGCCCACAGAUGAGUUUUCUGACCUCCCACAGCGAAUGGCUGAAAUUGCAAAGGAGCAACGGCAGCGGCGAGAGAGUCAGUAUCAUGAGCACCGAGCAGUACCACUCGUGACAAAUGGCACAGUUGAACAUGACCUAGAGCAGAUUGAUUACAUUGAUAGCUGUGCAGCGGAGGAAGAGGAGGAGGAAAUGCGAUUGUCAAAGCGUCCUGACUCCACCAGUCUCAGCUCACAAUUUAUAGCAUAUAUUGAACGACGGCGUAUUAACUAUGAGGCUUCUCCAGUGAAAUCUAAGCCUGUUGGAGAUCCACAAAGAACUGAGAAUGAGAGGGGCUGGCUACAACAAAGCAGAAAUGAGGUCAUUGGCUCCAAGAGACCUGAAACUUUGCAACCGUGGCAUGAUAGUGAGCGACAGCAGACACUAAAGGAUCGUGGAUUUUCAGAUUCUAGCUUGAUGUCUCAAACUCCAUCUAGUGGCCAAAAUAUGGCUUCGAAUGUGGGGUGCACAGAAUUGGAGCUACAGAGGAGACGUGAGCAACUACUGGUGGAACGGACCAGAAGAGAGGCACAACUUGCAGCUCAACAAUAUGAAGAGGAGAGAAUUCGAACAAAACAAAUUCAGAAAGAAGCUGUCCUUGACUUUGUGAGACAGAAGAGUGGCCAAAGCCCUCAGAAACAGAGUCCCUCAGACAGCGAUCACAAUGAUCUCCCCAAAUAUUUCCCUAUCAGACGGUCCCAGCACACAGAUGAUAGCGCCUUGUUAGUGAAUGAAGAAAGACCGCCUGUGUCACCGAGUGCCUCCUUUACCCAAUCAUCAGCCCAUACAGUCCAGCCUGUCCCUCCUUAUCCUGGUUCUUCUCCCCACUCUUACAAACAGCCCACACAUGCUCACCGGCCUGAGAACUUCCUCUUGAGAGCAGCCAUGAGAGAUGAGAUGAAGAAAGAUGGGACUUCUGCCUCCUCCUCUGUUGCCCCUAGCCAGGACUCUGGAGAUGCCUUGAUAUUGCAAAACCAAAAGCAAUACGAUGAUGAACAGAGAGUGGUAUAUCAGCUACGGAAGAACAUUGAAACACGGUUAAAGGUUUCUCUCCCAAGUGAUCUUGGAACAGCACUUACAGAUGGUGUUGUCCUCUGUCAUCUGGCUAAUCACGUGAGACCACGGUCGGUACCCAGUAUACAUGUACCGUCUCCAGCAGUGCCCAAACUGACAAUGGCAAAAUGCAGACGAAAUGUAGAGAACUUCCUAGAGGCUUGUAAGAGAAUUGGUGUACCACAGGAUCGAUUGUGCCUGCCCCUUCACAUUCUAGAAGAGAAAGGACUGGCACAUGUAGCUGUGACUAUAGAAAGCCUGCUUGAGCUCGCCCCUACCAAACAGCACCAUUAAUCAACUGUCUAGAGACUACAAGUGAUGGGCACCUCACACAAGAAACACUGUAACAGCACAAUUGAAUAUACUCCAAGUUGGUCUCCAUGGUGAUCACAUUAUCACACUCCUCUUUAGCAUCUGCAUGAUGGCUUUCUGACAUGCCAGCUCUGUCAGUCAAUCGCUAAACAUAACUUUUUCAAUCCGUCUGUUGUUUCUUUUUUUGAAAAUACAGCACUUAAUUUGUUUUCCAACUUGAGUACCGUGAUCCGAAUUGUUUCCAUAGCAUUUAAAGUGGUUAUAUAUUACACAGGGUGAACUAACGGGCCUAGGAACUAGAGCAGGAUAUCUCCCUUCAUCACUUUAUCUAGUAAUUUAGCUCAAAACUUCAUUGAAUUUCUACUUUGACAUUGUUCAAUGUUUGCUUGGUGGCCAGUAAAAUCGAAAUGAUCAUGAAUAAUGUGUACAAUCUGAUGCAUAAAUAGGCAUAAUAAGUUCACCAAAAUAUUACACAAAAUAAUCAGUUUUAUUUUAGAUUGAUUUCCAGGGCAGAAUUUUAUGGUCCCCUGUUGGCGAGUUUGCAGGCAGGGAGGGCCUGUAAAAUUCCAUUGGUGCCUACCCACCCACCCUGACCUGGCCACGAUUUAACAGGCAGCAGACAGGGCCUCAGGUGACUCUACAAUUGAGGCUCUGAAGUGGCCAAUUAAGGGCCACUUCCUGAAAUUGCAACCGGCGGGAAGAGGUCAUUGACAGGCGGGAAGGCCGGCAGGUAAGCCAGCUUGGUCCUCAGGCAGGAAAGUGUGGGACUGGUGCUCCUAUGCAUGACCCCUUUUCUAGGGCCUCCUUUCCUGGUCCAGCCAUGAAUUCCCCAAACUUACUUGUCAUUCUGCUCCAAGCUCUGUGUCUUCAGUUAUUUAUGCAGUCCAGGUGGAGCUGCUGGCACCAGCGCUACUGGCCAAUCAGACGGGAGGAAAGCCCUUCUCAAAUCAAUUCACAUUCCUUAGAGCUUUAAGUGGCUGCGGGGCAACCUGUCGCAGCAGAGGCAAGCUUUUUGUCAAUUUUUUUGGGCAGUGGGGUGGAAACCCCACCACUCAUAAAAUCUUAAAAUAAGUAGAAGUAAAAUGUUCAAAACCAGCAGCAAAACCUCUUGAGGUGUGAGCAAAAUAUUCUUUUAAUGUUCCGUAUUCCCUGUAUGAUAGGAAGUAGUGUGAAAACUUGUACAAGUGCAUGAAUAUCUAGUCAGCAGCUUUUUUAAAAUAUAGAAAUGGUAUAUUUCACCAGUAGCUAAACCCAAUUGAAUACUCUCAAGGUUCUUAUAACAAUGUUACAUGGUAUUUCUACAAGUUCAUUUCCAGAAAUUAGGCACUGUACUCUUAAAUGGAUCAGUACUGUAUGAUUUGUUCCAUGUUUGGUACCAGGGUUUCUGUAACUCUGGUUAUAUAUUUUAGUUUCAUAGGUUUUCCUUUCUGUUGGCUUUGUGUAUUCAUUUUUGGAUCUAAGUGAUUUAAUUGUGUUUCCAGAAUUUACUUUUCAUACUUGCUAGGCUAUAUUCGUACAGUAUAUGUAUGUAUCUAUUUAUUCAUAGCACGUGAGUAUGAUAAUGCAAUCACUAAAAGGUCCCUGGUUACUCAGCCAUACUUGAGUAAAAUAGUGAAUAGCACUUUAUCAUGAAUUAGCAUUGAUGAUGUCAGUCAACUUCAUGGCAUCAGAAGGAAACCUCACUGUCUUGUGUAGGUUGGCUACAUGGAUUAUAGAACAGCACCUUCCAUUACGUUCUUGUUAAUUUAUGUUUCCAUUUUAUGAAUAGUCUAAAAUAAAUACACAGUGAGAAAUAGUGGGAUAGAGUUCAUGUUAGUUUUAUAUGAGCACUUAUCCAUCUUUUUAUGGCUUAAUUAGCUGUAGGAUAUGACUUGAAAGAUUUCCUUAUUUGUGGAAUAAAUUGUGUGUCCAUUGUUUCUCAUGGUGUAUUCUCUAUUUAAACAUACACGUACAUUUGUAAUAACUGUCAGCCUAAAAUGUUUAAAAUUGCAAAUAAUUGAUUAAUCCUUGUAAUCCACCUUUAAACAAUUUGGAUGCCAGCACCAAAUUUUUGUCACAAUCUUUAUCAAAAUGAUUUAUUUUCUUGCAAUUUUAAGAGUUCAGUGUGUUCUUUGCUUAAUGCUUGGGAUGGUUUUUAAGUGAGGCAUAUGUUGCCAGCAGAAGGGAAUUCUGUUUUUUUAUUUAUGCUUUGAACCAAUGGACUUUUGCCUGCACUUUCCUUUUUCUCUGUAAAUACAUUCCGUGUUUUCUAGUUUUUAUAUAACUGUUCACAUCUCUUGUCAAGUACAGCUUUGGAUCAGAUUAUACUGUUUUGAUUUUGUUAGGCUGUAUAUGUUUUUAUGAUUUAGUUACCCACCCAGUUACGUUUCCAUUUUUGUUUUUUUCAAGUCUCCUUAAAAAAAAAUCUGAUUGGUCCAUUGACCUUUUAAAAGUUACCUUGACCCAAGUUGGAAACAGGACCAAGUUAAAAUCAUUCACAUUGACUUUGAAGUGAAGUGAGCUGUAUAAGUCCAGUUCACCUAUAGUUUUCACCUGACAUGUUUCUCCUCUUCAAAAUCUCUCGAGCAGCAAAGUAAACAUCCUUGUUCACAGAUUAUCAGAUAUAGCUAAAUGAUAUGGAACCACUUGAAUUAUGCAUUAUUGGAACAAUAGCCAUUUUUUUGUGGGCCCGAUUCUAACUCAGAAACAAAUGUGGUUGGAAAUGUAAGCUGUGUGGAGGACAAAAAGAGGCUGCAAAGAAAUAUAAGAUAACUUGAAUGGGCAACAAGAUGGCAGAUGGAGUAUAAUGUGGAGAAGUGUGAGGUUAUUCACUUUGGUUAUAAGAAUAGAAUAGCAGAAUAUUUUUUAAAAGGCAUGAAACUUGCAAUUGCUGAUGUUCAGAGAGACUAGGGUGUGAUCUACAAGGAACAGAGAAAGUUAACAUAUAACAAACAGAAUGUGCUGGAAAAACUAAACAGGCCUGGCAGCAUUUAUGGAGAGAGAAAGAGAGUUAAAUUUUCAAGUCCAAUAUGACUUCUUCGGAACUGCAGUUAACUGUUUCUGUCUCCACAGAU